CGUGCGGCGCUAUUCCUCCGCUGGGCUCCUGGUGCCUUCCUUCAGGCCAGUUCAGACAAGCUCUUCUGCGGCCGGCCGAGUAGUGGGAAGUUCUGCGCAGCAGAUCCGCGCUUGGAAAAGGACGGCGGCGCUGCGCGGUGGAGGGGCCGCGCUUAGACCUUUCUGGGUGGAUGGGUGGUGCAGAUCCACCUCCUUGCCUCUUGUUGCACAGAACAACACAAACACUCCAGCUCUUCCCCUCCCUAUUUGACUGACCUACAUUUUUUAAGACGGGGCGAGUGUGCGUCGUGGUAUUUAUUGUGCGAGGUAGCCAAGCUGAGGAGAUUCAGGAACUCGGGAGGCUUCAAGACGGAGCUCUUGGCUUGCUCAGAAGAGCGAAUGGCAACAGUGACAUGUGGCUUGCCUUGCCUUGGGAGAACGAUCCGAGUACCCGAAGACUCGGGGUCUUAAUGACAGAGACCCUUAAAUCUGUUGUUGGCCUUGAGAUUUGCAGCCUCAGCAUGCCAGAUUGUCUCUGAGGAAGUGCAGAGACCCUCUGCCAAAUUAUUAAGGAUGCACACACAUUUAGCUUAGCAAGAGAUGGGACUGGAGAUGCAGAAAGAGGGCCAGAAAGGGCUCUUCCCUUUCUUCUCUAAAUGAAAUUCUCCACCUGACCACAGGAAAGUAAAUAAGGAACAGGAAGUUUGUAAUUCAGUGACUGGUUGGCCCAGGAAGGUUUCAUCCCUCCCUCCAUAAUGCUGUGCAAGUAAACAAAACCUUUUAGCCUCUGCAGGGCUGGGCAAGGGAGAGGAGGUCCAGUGGCCUCCCUGUGAGCAGCUGGCUACUUUCUGUUGGGCAUCUGGUUCCUUCUGAUUACGAGGAUUUUUGCAGAUAAGUGAAGAUUUGAACCCAGGACUUCCCAGCCUAUGCCCACAUCGUCAGCUCUCUUGAUCAUGGUUCCUGGGUGAAGUGGAAUGGAAGGGCUUGCUGAAGAGGUGGAGCUGAUAAGAAGCAUCCAUGUUGCUGAAUGGAACCUGUGAUGCUGCUGUUGGAGGCUAAGAAUAGAGCAGAAGAGGCUGUCUUUCUGUACUUAAUUGGCGUUUCUGCUGCCUUCUGGGCCUGACCCAGCAGUUGCUGUUGAUUCUCUUCCUUUCCCACUGUGCCUGCUAUCCAGCCACAUCCUGGCUCCUGUUGCGUGUAACACUUUGGCAGCAAAGCCACUCCGGCUUUACUGAGCUGAAGAUUGAGGACAGUAAAAUCCUCCCAAGGAAUCUGGAGACAGCCUCUUUUCGGCGGGGAUUUGGAAGAUGGUCUCCUUGUAUUGGACAAUUCAUUUUCCAUUGCUGGGAGCCCAGAUCCCAUCUGUCUGUAGCAACUGGAGGACGGCUCAAGGCCAUAUUGGAUGUAGCUUCCCCGGCAAUACAGCUUGGUAACAGUUUGGUGUGCACAGCUGGGAAAAAGUAUCCUGUGGAACAGCAGGAACAGCCACCGCCUCAGUUCUGAAGAAGGGAAAAACUCCAGCAAUAGACAAAGUGCAUCUGGACAUUUUGCCCCUCUUCCCUCCCUUCCUUCCCACCCCAUGAUGGAGAGUCUCAACUCCCCUACAUUAUGUGUGGCUGGGAACUUUCCAGAGUUCCAUCAAAACAGCAUUAUUCAGCGAGCCCGAACCCUGAAGAGCAAGCCGAAUGCCAACUGUAGGCGAAAGCGAGAGUUCAUCUCCGAUGAAAAGAAGGAUGCCAGCUACUGGGAGAAGCGUCGGAAGAACAAUGAGGCUGCCAAGCGCUCCCGGGAGAAACGGCGCUUCAAUGACCUGGUUCUGGAGAAUAGGGUGCUGGCACUCAACGAGGAGAACGUGCGGCUGAAAACAGAGCUACUGCAGCUGAAGCUGCGUUUUGGCCUCAUCAGCACAACAGUCUUCAUGGAAAAGAGCCAGCAGCUGAGUACUGCCAGUGCCAACACCCCAGCAAUCUUAUAUGGUGUUGGUAACAGCAGUUUGUAUCCCAGUUCCCUGUCCCGAGCCUCCCACUCAGAGGAUUCGUCUGAAACUGAGCAGUCAAGCCGGGACAGUGUAAGUGUAUCGGUAGCCAAGUAUUCUCCCCGCGACUCUCUCUCUGAUCUGUCUGAUGGCUCAUCUCGGGACAGCCCUCUCCCCCAGACGCUUGAGGAAGCCCAGGCCAUCCAUCGUGUCUAUGGGGAUGCCCCCUUGCAGCCUUACCCAGAGCCCAAGGGCUCAGUUCCCCGCAGUGUGAUCCUCUUCAGUGCCAAUGGCUUUACUGCAGUGGCUCCUCCGCAACCCUUGCUUCCUGAAGAAGCGGAGCCGGCAGAAGGCUGUGGGAACCAGAGUCCCAAAAGCCACUGCAGGGGGCGGGAUCCCCACUGCUCGCAGGGGGAGCUCCAGACGCACUCAGGGUAUUGCUCAAAGCCCGAGAGCUGUAGUGCUCCUGCCGGUUAUCUGGAGGGGGAGUACAUAAAGAAAGUUGAAGAGCCUAGAUCCCCCUUUGAGGGUUACACGAGUGAGGAAAGUGAAGAGCCCCCUUGGGGAUGUUCCUCUGCUCCCUUCCCCGUGGCGCUGGACACCCACCCUGACGUGAAGACUGCAGCUCUCCCACACAAGCUUAGACUCAAGUGCAGAGCGCACAGCAGUGGAGUUCAUGAACCAUUCCCCGGUUCUAGCACUGCUCCAGCUGGCUGCUGCCAGGGAUCCUCGGCGGCCUCAGAUUGGGACAGUGACCGACAUGAGGAGAUGUCAGCCCUGGUGCGGCAAGCCUUGUUUCUGAACGAGCCUCCUGCCUCCAGUGGGAACUUGGAAAGACUUCUGUGUCAUGGCUCAGGGCUGCCCUCAAAUCACUCAGUCCCAAAGGACCAUGUCAACAGGUGGGAGGAUGCUUGUCAUGAUGAUGGCCCCAGACCAACUUGAAGAAGACCUAGGUGUGGAUAAAGAUUUGGGAAGUAAGAAGAAAAAAUUGAACUGAGCGUUGAUGCAAGAAAUGGAUUUUACAUGGCCAAAUGAGCAUUGGAGAAGAAGGCCAUGGCUGACCUGGACCUGCUGGCUUCAGAAUCUGGGGGGAAUAGGAAUCAUGAUAUGGCAAAAGAGGAUAAGUAGACUGAACAUGGGGGAUAGAAUGGGGCUGCCUCAGAAAAAGACUUUGGAAUCGCUAAGGUAUAGUGGGUGAUGGGACUCCCGCUUUCCAGAAUUCAGUAUGUAGAUGGGAUGUGUUUUGGUGGGCGAAUGCAUAACGGUAUUCUAACAAUUCUGGCCUUGUGAUCGAUAAGAGAGCACCCAAAAGUUGGCGUCUAAUCCAUUCUGCACUGAUGUUAAGGUUCUUGGAUACCCACAAUAGGGAUGCCUAAACGGAUUGUCAGUGAUUGUAUUUUUUCUGUCAGAAAUUGCUUGGGCAAACCAAGCGUUGUGUGUUUUUAAUUACUAAAAUAAACCUACAGAAAAAUGUUGAAAAAUG